AAAAUAUGAACAAGGGAAGUUUGCGGCCAAGAAGAGAGACGCUGGGAAAGCUAGUGCUAAUGUCAUCAUUUCUGGCACCAACAAUGUCCUUCAAUAAUGCUCAAGUUGAGAAGAAAAUCCCAGUCAUAGAAAUCACUAGAAAGGCUAAGAAGAAUAGUAGUUACCUCAUUCAAUUAUUUCUGGAGAUAUAUGAGGCCUUUCGAUUAUGCCUGAGAGCAUUACGGCUGGUGAUUACAUUUAUGCCGAUCUUCGCUCUCUAUCCCAUGACUUUCUUUGGAGAGAGGAGUAAAGAUUUGUGGUGGUUCUUGCUUUUGCGAGGAAUUGAGUUCUCGGGACCUAUUCUGAUCAAGUUAGGACAGUGGGCCUCAACACGGAGAGACUUGUUCCCAGACUCUUGUUGCCGCCAGUUUGCCAAGCUCCAGAGAAGUGUCAAACCACACUCGUGGAAGUACACAAAAUAUAUGAUGAGGAAAGCCUUUGGUCCUGAAUGGUGGAAGAUCUUUGUCAAGUUUGACAAUAACAGAAACCCAGUGGGGUCUGGGUGUGUUGCUCAGGUUUAUAAGGUUUGGAUGUCAGCAGAAGCCGUCACAGAUGAAGAAAUACUCACUGAAAUUCUGUCUGAAAUGGAGGAUGAUGUUUCUGAUUCAUUUGAAGGUAUGCAUGUCAUAGGAUUCAGGAGUUUAUUUGGCAUAGAUGAUGGAGAAGAAGUAAAGCAGAAGAGGAUACUAGAGGAAUGGAGGGAGAAGCGAGACCAGAUGAGGAGAGAAAAGGAGGCGCAGAGGAGAGCAGGUAUAGACAAGGAAGAGCAAAAUGUAGAUUUGCAUGAAGUAGUUUUGGAAAAGGAGGAAAAGGAAAUGUCAAAAGUAGACCCAGAAAAUGGAGAGAAACAUGUGCAGGAUGAUGAAACAGGGAUGAUACAAGGUAAUAAAGAGUUUGUUGUUGAAACAAGUGUUGAUGAAAGUAGGAAGAAAUUAUUUGAAAUAAACACAGGAAUUAUAAAAGAGGAUGAGCAGAUGUCAGACGUUUGUGCAAGUGCAGUAGUUAGCAGAAAAGAGCAGUCUGAUAUUGUGUCCGAUACAGAAUUUGAGAAGAGAGCUGAAAAAAUGAAGGAAAUUGCUUCUGAUAACCAGCUUGUAGAAAAGUUUUACAAAGAAGAAAGUAAAGAUACAACCAGUAGUUUUCAGUCAGAGAAUGAUGAUUCAGACAAAUCCGAUGUAAAUGUGUUAACAGUAACAGAAAAUUUGGUGGCCGAAUUAGUAAAUACUGAAGAAGAUCAACAAAGACAAGCAGAUCUGGAACCUGAUGAGGAACCCUUUGAAGAUAUAACUGAACAUUCAUUAGUAGAGGAGUGGCAGGAAGGUGUGCAUGACAAGUCUCUCCCACUGGAAGAGUUUCCACCAGAGGACCUGGAUGGCCUUGUGCCCGUGGCAGUUAAAGUUCUGCACCCUGGUAUUUACUCCUAUUUCCGGAGAGAUCUGAAGAUUAUGAAGGCCUGUGCUUCUUUUAUCUCAGCAAUUUAUCCUCCACUUAAGUGGCUUUCCCUCCCUCAGUGUGUACAAGAGUUUGCUGAGGUGAUGUCAUGUCAGAUUGAUCUCAAACUGGAAGCUGAAAAUAUGGAAUUGUUUGCUGAAAAUUUUGCUGAUAAUCCCUAUGUCAGAUUUCCAAGAAUACUAAGACCAUAUGUAACAAGAAAGGUGCUCGUAGAAACAUUUGAAGAGGGAGAGCAGAUGAUUGAUUUCAUUGGCACAACAGGAGAAGAGAAACCUGCUGAGCUUAAGAAACGUUUGGCAGAAAUUGGUGUUGAUGCUUUGCUGAAAAUGGUUUUUGUAGACAACUUAGUGCAUGGUGAUUUGCAUCCAGGCAACAUCUUGGUUCAGAACAACAGUGCCAAGGAAGAGGGCAGCAAGGCAGUCUCAGGAGAUGUUGUCAAAUUCAUGAUGGUGGAUGUUGGGUGUGAUACUUUCGUUAUGCAUGUGGAGCCAGACCCAAAUCCACUGCGCAUCUGCCUCCUUGACUGUGGCGUUGCAUCCAGGCUCAAAGAGAAAGACUUAGCUAAUUUCAAGGCUGUCUUCAGACAAGUGGUUUUUGGUGAUGGAGAGUCUGUGGCAGACUUGUUCCUCAGUAAUAGUGAACAUUGCUGUAAGGACCCUGAAGCCUUUAAAGCAGAGAUGACAAGCCUUGUAAAUUCAGCUAGGGAAGAUACAAUAGCAUUAUCACAGAUUGAUGUGGGGGUCCUGCUGCAACAAGUCUUGAGGAUCCUCUUACAUCAUCAGGUGCGGCUGGAAUCUGCCUUCAGUGCUGUGGUCUUGGCAGUCUUUGUUCUGGAAGGUCUUGGUCGAGCAUUAGACCCCAAUAUGGAUAUCUUAGAGAGAGCAAGACCAAUCUUGGUUACUGGAAAAGUGAAAUGAUUAUGAUAGUUAUGAUCUAUGAGGACUAGCUUACUGGAAAUGCUAUUUAGAUGCCUUAAUUUCUGGUAUUUCUCAGUUACAGUAAUACAAGGAUUGUUUUAUUGGUAUUAUGUUUGUGGGUUGACUCCUUUUGGCGUGUAAGCCUCAAAUUCCAGUAGUGCAGCAUUUGCAUUAUUACCAUGACAGUUGUAUAGACGUUUCCAUUCUUACAAGAGAUUCCUGAAUUUCCUCAUCAUCUUUUUAUACAUUAACUGCCUGGUCAGCUAACAUUACUGGUAACAUUUUUCCAACAAUAUUUUUUCUAUGUUGAAAAAAACAAAUAGAUUUUACUGCAAAAAACAAAUAAUUUAAGAAUAGGCAGUGAAACAUUUAUACCAUAUAUGAUAUGGCAUCCAUUGUUAAACUGGCAAAAUGUUGGUAAUGUAAGAUAGAGCUACGUUAUUGUUUACAGAGCUCAACAAGCGUCCAUGUGCAUGGCUGUCCUAAUGUUUUAUAAGCCUAUUUCCAAAAUAGCUACUUGCUAUGGUUAAAUCUUAGGUGUACAAGACUUCACAUUGUUGAAUGGCCUGUAGGCUAUCAAGAUUGUAGUACAGUUGAUAUUAUUGCAGAUAAUAUACUGUACUGGUAUAUCAGGAAUGAAUUCUUAAUUUCUAUCAAGUCAGAUAGUACCUUGUUGCAAAGAUUGUAUUGAUACAAAAUUGGAUAUCUAGAUCGGAUAAUGAAAUAUUUUGUAAAUUGAUAUUUAUGUUAAUUUCAUUAAAAACAUUAAUUCACAAGAUAUAUCAUAUAUGAUUACUGAAAGAAUCAUACAGAAAUUUAUGUAAAUUAGAACUGAAUGUAUUUUUUUCUUUUUAAUAAAGAAAAAAAAUAGAUAUGUAUGAAAUAAUAACAUAAACUAGUGAUGAUGACUUAUGUAGAAAGUCUGCAUUUGCAUAAAAAUUGGUGUGAUUAUUUUGCUGUAUGGACUUUCUUCAGCAACAAGCAUAUAGGCUGUGAUAUUUCUAUUUUUUUGCCCUUUAUAUUGAACUUCAUUUAUAUCAUGCAGUGUUCAGGGAGUAAAAUGUUUCUCUUUCUAGUCAUCCAGAUCAUAAUGGUCAUUUUAAAUACUGAUAUUCUUCAUUUAUAGCUUUCAUUUUUUGGGUUUCCUUUCUUUCUUUCCUCCUCAUUAUUAUUAUUAUUAUUAUUAUUAUUAUUAUUAUUAUUAUUAUUAUUACUAUUAUUAUUACUAUUAUUAUUACUAUUAUUAUUACUAUUAUUACUACUACUACUACUACUACUACUACUACUACUACUACUACUACUACUACUACUACUACUAUUAUUAUUAUUAUUAUCAUUAUUAUUCCAAGUUCCAAAUUAGUAGGAUAAGGGAAAGGUUAGGAAUGAAGUCUGUAUUCUAUUCAGGCCAUUUACUGCAGUUAGUAUCAUUUCCUCCUUCCAGAUAUUAUGGUAUAUUCCUGUUUAAGGAGUCUUUAUUUAAAGUAGACUGCCAUAAUAAUCUAUAUGUGGUACUUAGACAUACUGUAGAUUAUGUUAGGGCAUUUGCAUGGAUAACUUUAGCAGUAUGAACCUGAAAGGUAAAACAAGUAAGAAUGUAACAUCUUAUUCCUUGCUAUGUAAAAGGUGCGAUAUGUCUCUUUAAGUGUGUUGUUCAAGGAUAGGUUUACGUUCAUGUUAACAUUGAACUACCAGAGCAUUUCGGAGCUUGAGCAGCAUUUCUUUGAGAAAAGAAAAAAUCUCAAACAGAUUAUGUAUGAUAAUUCACGUGAUAGUGGACAUGCACAGUGUGAAAUUUCAGAAGUAGAAGAGUCCCAUCAUGUUACCUUGUUACAUUUUGUUUGAAUACAGUGUUUUUAAAGUUGGUAUUUUAUUUUGUUAUGUUUCAGGAUGAAUAAACUUGAAAAGCCUUGUUA